AUGACUUCCCGCGGUUGCCCAUUUUUUUUAUUGAUACGACUGAUCUUGAAUAUGAUGGUAUCAGUGACUAGCUCUGGAAUACAAUCAGUUGCUCGAAUUCGAUUUGAUCCUCCUUAUAUUCAUGAUCUCAUGGCUGGUACCAAUAAAACGGUUAAAGUAACCGUUGAUUUGGAUACGAAUCGUCAGGAAUUUGCAAAACUACCACCCAAAAAAUCAUUUGCAGUUUUUCUAAAAUCAAUUGAUGAAGAUAUUGCUACAGCAGCAAAAGAGCGAAAACAAUUCAAAUUAGGAGAAUAUUCAUCGAAGAGAAACAACUCAGAAACAUAUGAAGUAAAUAUCACACUUACUGGACAUUUCCUGGGUAAAACAGCUGUAAAAGUACGUUUAUUAAGUAUGGAUGAAACUAUGGAUGAUGAUCGAUUUUUAUAUGAGAUAAGCGAAAGUGGAAAUGAUUUUGGCCAGCAGGAUAAUAUGCUUGAUGUUUGGGUUAUUCAAGACAAUAAACGGCUUGAAAAUCGAUUAUUUUUAUCAGCAUUGGUCAUUUUAAUUAUUAUCGCUAAUAUUUUGAUGGGAUGCGAACUUGAUGGGCGUGUUAUGCUGGAAGUAAUUAAAGAACCUGUUGCACCGAUGAUCGGUUUUUGCACUCAAUUUAUUGCGAUGCCUUUACUUGCUUGGGGUAUUGCAAAUAUUAUUUUUACCGCUAAUGGUUUGCAUUCUUUUGCACUUGGCUUAUUUGUUACUGGUUGUGUACCUGGUGGUGGUGCCAGCAACUAUUGGACUGUUCUGUUAGAUGGUAAUUUGCCAGUGUCUCUAACAAUGACAUUUUGUAGCACCAUAGCAGCUUUAGUAAUGAUACCAUUUUGGAUGUGGCUUUUGGGUUUUCAUUUUCUCGACAGUUUUCAUCCUGAAGCAAUUAUCAAGAUUCCAUACAUCAAAAUUCUCUCGUCUUUGGUUAUAAUGAUAGUUCCAUUGAUUUUUGGUGUUGCAAUUUCACAUUUCAAGCCAACAUUACGACUUCAGGCUCGAAAGAUAAUGCGGCCAUUUAUCAUAUUCGUCCUGAUUUUUUUAAUUGGUUUCGGAGCACUGGCCAAUAUAUAUAUGAUUCGUUUGUUGACAUGGACAGCUGUUAUUGGAAGUUUAUUGCUUCCUUGGUGUGGCUUUGCAAUUGGCUGCUUGACAGCAGUUAUUCUUCGGCAAUCACCACCAAAUGUCACUUCAAUAGCAAUCGAAACUGGUAUUCAAAAUACAGGCAUAGCUAUCAUGUUGAUAAAAUUUUCGUUUCCUGAUCCCGAUGCUGACAUUAGUGCAUUGAUUCCUGUUAUUUGUGCAAGUAUGACACCAGUACCGCUUCUGUUCAUUGUAGCAAUACACUGGUUAUGCAAAAAGCUUGAAAUGAGAAGAAAUGCAAAAAGUAGUCAUAUCGAAGAGAUAGCAGUGAAAAUUAAUCCAGGAAUUGAUAAUUCUAAUGGAACUCCUAUUAUUAAAUAUAAAUCGAAUCCAAAUGAUGAUAGCCCAUUAAUGAAUAUAAAUGAAAAACGAAAUAUCUCGCGAUAG